CUAGAUAUAAGCGCACCGCAAUCGUACUUACACCGCUGCAAUCAUUUUUUUUUUUUGAAGCAAGCUACAGGCUGUCAACUCAACCAAAUAUUAAGUUAUAGCACACCUAGAAUAAGCAACACUUCCCCAACUUCCCCACAAUCGGUCAACAUGUUACCAAGCAACCAGCACCAGCAUCCUUCGUCCCAGCACCAGCAAACGGUUUCCCAGUCGGAACAGCAACAUCUGCUCAACACGGUAGGCAUGAGUGGAUCCUACACCGCAACAUCGACCAGCUACAGCAUGAGCUAUCCGGUGGUAGCCGGGCAUCAUCUCAACGAAAACAAUAAUCUGGUGAUGCAUCCGUCAUACGGAAAACCGGCGGCUCACGUUGCCCAUCAACUGCCACCGGCAUCGCUCAUAACGCUGCAACCGGUUCCACUGGAGGCUCACCAUUCGUCGCUGCAUCAUGUGUCCGGCCUGGCCCAGCAACCUUCGCACACCGUCACAUCGUUGGCGCCACCAUCGUUGUCACAGCAAUCGAUGGCCAGUAUGUCACACUCAUCACAGCAACCGUCCAGCUCGCAGUGUCCUUCCGGGAUGAUGAGUCAUCAGUCGUCAAUGAAUGAUCCGAAUGGCAGUGCUGCGUCCGUUAAAUUUAGCACUGGAUCAUCGCCGGAUCUUAGUUCAGCUUCGGAACAGAAUCACGCGCGGUUCGGAGCUAACCGAAGCGGUGCGGGAAAUAGCAAAAACUGACAGAUUUUUUUCUUCCAAUAAAGAAUGAAAUGGACCAACACAAAAAUUGUAUAUAGCGUUACUUUAAAGGUCCAAUUUCAAGCUGCUGAUACCGGCAGAUUCUUUACUGGGAAAAAGGAUCUCUCAGCUGCUGCCUCGGGUUACCGCUACGGUAAGCCUUGGAGGUUAGUAGAAUAUCGUGUUACCAAGCUGUUUUCCCCACCCGCUCGCUUAGCUCCUCCAAACCGACGGUCAUGAUUUUUGCGCUGGCAAACAUCAGGUAGUGGUUCGGUUCCCAGGUAAGGCAACCCAUCGAAGGGGCAGUAAUUAGCAGUGACAGUCUGAAAGCAGUCCCAGCGCCCUUCAGCUGCAGAACAGCAGAACGAGUCUCUAACAAGCAUUAACCGACUAACGUGGCUUGCAUGCAUGUACAGCUUCGAGUAUCGUACCGACUGACCGACUAAACCCGACUAAACCCGACUUAACCGACGUGUUAACAUUCCCCCAGAACCCCACUUAAUGAUUUCAGGUACCCACAGGAAGGCUUCAGUCCGUUAUCAAAGACGGCCAAAAGGUCAUUUACUGGCUGGAAACCGCUCCGAGUUGAGUUCAGUUUUAAUUAGACGCGUAAAAGCUAUAUCCUUUCUCGAUCUCUGCAUUCGCAGUCCGAGCUGUUCGUGGAAACCGAUUCGACUUCUGCGAAAUGGUUUCGAAAUUUGAAAGUGGGCUCCAGCCCAGUACAGUGCGGGUGCCCUGCGGCAAGAUCGCAAAUUAAACCUAUUAGAAGAAACCCCCGAUGGUUGAUGAUCGGUACGCACGGGAGGGAAUCUAAUGCCAUAACGUGGUGCAGCUGCAUUGGUCUGGCAGAGGUGCAGAAACUUUACGCAGUUCUUGGACGUUUAUUAUCGGGGCACGUCUUUGUGAGCAUUUUUGCUGAAGAUCGUCAAUAAACACAGCCAUUUUUACUCAAUCACACAGCCUACUGAGUGGUUCGAGUGGUGACCACGCUCGCACCCACACGCACUCGAAUACGCAUAUGGCCGGCUCGGGAGAUUUCCCGGGUUGUUUCUUUUUCUUUUUUUUCGGUGGGGGCGCAAAUAAAAGGGGAGACCCGCUAAUUAGUCAAUUUCGUUCACCGUUAGUGUGCCGCGAGCGAAGGCUGUCCAUAAUAAAAACGAUACACUUCAUCAUAUUGAAUUGUGCCACGUCUCUGGACGGGCCAUGGUUGCCCAGAUCUCCGGUUUCCCCCUUCGGUCGGACGGACGGAGGCAGGGCACGGCAAAGGAAGGCCCAGGGAUGGAUGGAAAUAGAAGCAGAUCAGCAAGUUGUGCUGCUGAGCGAGCGAACGUAAAAUUGUUUAGCAGGAAGCGAAGAUGAAAAUAUAGACUGGGGCUUGGCCAGUGCUGGGGAUGCAACGUGUCGCGGGGGUGUUGCCAAGCGGGGGAAUAAAAUAAACAAAUGCUAUAGAAAGCACCAACUCCACCGACCGACCGACCGGGAUCGCGCGCGAGACUUGAGACAUGAGUCUCUGCGGAGAACUGUGUGCGCUGUAUUAUGAUCGUAAAAAUUCCAAACUAACGGAAUCCUAUUUCCACUCCUCCGACGAAGGCGAAGGCUUGGUGGUGAUUUCGAAAGGUUCUUCCUGGAUCGGGGUAAUAACAACCAUCUCCGAAGUGGAGCACAGUCAUGACGGGGCUGAAAUUAUCGCAGGCUUUUGUUGUUUAUAGAUUGGACUCGGGUUGGACGGCUGGCAGAAGUCAGCAGAAUGAAAAAAUAAAAAAACGAUAGCCGCUGAAUAUUGCUAACCUGCACGGUUUUGCGGUGGCAAUGGUGGAAUUAAACGCAUUUCUGUACAAUAACACCUUAAUGAUUCAUCACGAUUUCUUGCGGAUUGGCGUUCUAAGCGAUCGUAUUCCGCUGCAAGGAUGGAUUUAAUUUUGCUUAUUUUUUUUUUGCUUCUGCAACAAACUAAGCAAGUUGCACUGAGCGCUAGGUUAGAAAGCAGCACCGCGAUGGUACAGAUAUGGGAUCGACAAAAGCCUCACCCCGGUGAUGCUUUCGGGAUUUCUUACACGAAAGCAACAAAAAAAAAAACAGAAAAAAUAACACCAUUUUCCCGCUAACCGCGACGGAAAGCGUUAAAUAUUGCGGUAAUUGAAGCACAUAGACGCCAACGGGCCACGGCAUUUUACCAGAGUGGAACUAAUUUGCAUAGGCUUCGUAUCCAGAAUCGGUUAGUAGCCGAAAGCCAUGCGGCAGGAGUGAUCGGUGAUGCUUCAAAGAAAUUACCAACCAUCCAACGAACCAAUCAUCAGACAGUGUUCCAGUAAAAGUGCCGACCAGUAAAUGAAUGAAUCACCACCGCUUCGAAGAUCAAUUGACGUGUUUUCUUCCAGGUCAACAAGCCGACCGUUUUGGGUGGCCAAGAUCCGUAGCUCUGCUAAUCUAUCGGAUCGAUCGGAUCAGUAGUGCCCGGCCAACUAACUAAUUUAACUUCAAAUUAACCCUUAAUAAUGGAAUGCAAUCGUAGAAAAGUUCAAAAAGCGGAUUUUUGAAUUCCAAUCGACACGUGCCAUCACACCACAACGGAUUACCCGUUUUGGAAAGUUAAUUUGCUCACUACUUACUUUUUUAUCCAUGUGCGAUGUACGGUCAGUAACGGGGCUCGGAUGAGCAAUUUUCAAAUUAUUCUCUCUGGUUGAAGCUGCCAAUGAAACACGCACACGUCAAUAAAAUAUUCUGCCUCUUCUUGUUUUUAUUUGUCUAAUUUGACAGGUAAGCAGAAGUAUUUUUUAGAUCUCAUCAAGAUCACAGAGUAUACUACAAUACAGUUGGAUCAAAGAUAAACUCAAUGUUACAAUGUCCCAUACGAUCCAUUGAAAAAUUUGGGGCCAGUAAUUGUGAACUGCUUAGUAUUGACCUUUCGUUAAUAAGCGUCGACUAGCUCCGACAAAUGCCAUUGAAACAAGAAAAACUAGAAAAGAAGCACACAUCUGUUUACCUUCAGCACAUAAUAAUUUCUUCCUUCAAUGCUUCGUGCAACAAAAUUGCUCAAUAUCGUUCAUACUACAUCAAGUUAUAGUCAUAUUUUCCAACAUAAACAAGCGUUGUCAUAGUCACGAUGCAUGUUGCGAUUAGACGCUUGUUGUUUUGCUUCAAAAUCAGAGAUGCCAGGUAAAAAUUUCAAAUAUCUGCAGACAGGGUCUGUGAAUCUGAAAAAAAAUCUGCAGUCAGCAAAUACGUCUUGCUGGCAGCAAUUUCUCUAUAAAGUAUGACACGCAAAACUGACUUGGCGAGCAAAAAAAAAAGGUCGCGGAAAUUUCAAAAGUCUGUAGAUAUAGACGAAAGUCUGCGAGAAUUUUAAAAGUCUGCAAAAGUCUGCACAACAAAAAAUGUCUGCAGCACUAUACCCCAAAUCUGCAGAUUAACAGACAAAUCUGCAGACCUGGCAUCUCUGUUCAAAAGACUGAAACUGACAGUGAACCGAGCUCAUCGACCCGCAUACGCAUGGCUGCCAGAUCGCUGACUAAACGCUGGAAAAAUAUGGCUGGCAGACAUUCUGGUGACCGACUGCCUUACCGCUGCCAGAUAUACAACUCAAACGAUACAAUCGUAUCCACCAGGAUUUUUCCACAUUGAAAUCUGUGACAUUUGCAGCGAAGGUGAGAAGAUGAAAACGCUCGGCUAACUUAGAUACAGGCGACUUUGUUUUGUCAAAUUGGAUUUGACAACCGUCACUGAAUCAAUUUUGGUAGCGGUCUGGCGGCCAUGGCUGCCCAGGUAGCCAAAACGCUAUGCGGAGAGGGGUCCUAUUCAAAUGGUACAUGAGAAAUCACUUUACACUGAAAAUCGAGUUUUUUUAGAAGAAAUCAUCCAUUGUCGAGCUCUUCUAUGAGCUACCCAAAAUUGAGUCGGUGUUUACUCAAACUUUGACUUGAUCGUGAAAAGUAGGUAGCGAACAUUGCCAAAGUUCCCGUAACAACACAUUGGGCAAUCUUACACUGAACAUAAUUUGCACGCUAGCAUCAUGUGCAAAACAAGUGAAAAAACUGUUGAUAUUUAGUGGGAAUCAUGCGACGUUUAUCUGAAAAGCACAUCAAAACAAAAGAUAUAUCGUUAUUUCUAUAUUCUAUAUGAAUUUCAUAUGAAUGUCACAUUGUUUUCAAUUGAAACACAUAUAGAUUUCAAUUGAAAUACGGUUGGCCGAAUCAAGUGUUUUGCACAUACAUUUGUACUGCACUCAUUUCCACUAGAAAAUGAAGUGUUCAACACAUGCAGCAAAACGAUUCAACAGCAAAACACAUCACAUCCAAAGGAAAGACACAUCAAAGCUAAGUGUAUUUUUCACGAAUCUUGAAUCUUAGUGAACUUGUACAUUAAAUUUUAAAACAUAUCUCUUUGGUUUUGUAUUGAAAUGAAAAAGCAUAUUAAAUAGAAGUGCUAUUUACAUAUGCAUCGAUCGCGCAAAUUUUUAUCAGUGUACAUUUAUCUAAACAUUGAGGUCAUCACUCGUUACCUCAAAGGGCGGGUGAGUAAUGUCACAGACAUAACUGGAGGACGUGAAUACGAAUAAAAAUUAUAAUCUUUCGCAUAAGAUGAUUGUGUGAAUUUUGCACCUUUAACUGCUUCGCUUCCAAAAUUGUAACGGCGCAUCUACACUAAAGAUUGAUUUAUUCACAAUUAAAUUACGCGAAACAAAUGAGAGUUCUCACAAAAAAUAAUAGCAAAAUACAGAAUUUCGAUGUCGAUUAUUUCUUCUUGGAUUGUCAUAUUUCAGUGAAAGGAACCAUCAAAAUAAACAUUAUAAUAACUAAUUAAACCAUCAAAAUGGUGUACAGGAUUCAUUUAUGGUAUUCAGAAGGGUCAAAUUAUGGAAUUCUCUGCAAUAUUAGGCACUUUUGAGAGCAUUUUUCUCGAAUGCGAAGCAUUCAAAUACUGGCUUUAUUUGCACUCGUUUUGUGCGAAUUUUGCACUGCGAAAAGUGUACAAAGCUAAUCAAAUUAUUCUAGUUUUGUACAAAAUUGAUGAUUUUCAUAUCCUAUUUACAAAGAAGCAAUCUUUAUAGUUCUUUAGCAUUUGCAGCCACAAAAAGGGCUGAUUUUGUAUAAUAUUUCCCACCAUUGUCCACUUUCUGUUGUGUUGUGAAAAGUACUAAUCAAAAUAUUCUAGAUUUGCACUAAACUGAUGAUUUCUAUCUACGAUUUGCAAAGUACCCAGGUGUCAUUAGUUUUCUUCUUUGAUGCUAUUUUAUUUAUCGUUUAUUUUACCCCGGCUUUAAUCUUUUCGGUCGUUCGCCGGGGGCUCUUUGAUACUCGUUGAUACCGAACAUUUCAGAAAUCUUUAAUUUUGGAUUAUUUGUGAUUAUGUCAUACAACUGCAAAUGUUUUCAGAAAUUGAUGAUCAUAUUAUCGAUGGCAUGCUGCAAAAAUUAUGUUGAUACGUUAGAUACAACAAGAAAUAUUCACGAUCAAAAACUUAUCACUCUCUCAGAGGGUAAAAUUUGAAAAGGAGCCCCAUAGAAAAGUAAGUCGUAUUCACGACAAAAUGCGAAGAUGCACUUUAGUUGAUUUUAGGUAGGUUUCGACCCAAAAUUAGGUAGUGGCUAGUAAGAGUGUAUCUUGAGUUUAUCUUGGCGUUGGAUGACGAACCCGAUUUCCAUAGUUUGAAAUUUGGAACGUUUGAAAUGAUUCAAGCCCGCUUCUCAUCUUCCAGAACAUACGUGAAAAAAAAUCACACGAAAGUUCAGUUUUACAUUUUUCAGUUUGCUCAACGCCAAUAAAAGUCAUUUUCAAUGACUCCAAAUAGACGAAAAUGACGAAAAAUAAAUGUCACUCUCAGUUCCGUAUGUAAAUUUUGAGGACGGAAUCCAUGUCCAGUCAACGACAAAAUCGGAAUAGUAGUUUCAAAAUUUGUGUUCUUUCUUUCACUUACCCUUUCAGUCAUUUUCGGUUUCCAGUGAAAAUCGAAUACCGUGCAGUAUCAAUAUUCAACCAAUGCUUGACCGAGAAUCGAAAAUGACUGUUGGGGCUCGUAUUUAUAAAGAGUGAUUUUUUUCACUGGUAUCUUUUUAGCAACUUGUUCAGUUUGGUCUACAAUUUAAUCAUGAAUCGUCUUUUGGUCUAUGAUUUAAUCAUGAAUGUGCACUGGCAAAGUUGGAAGUAGAUCCACUUUUUUAACGAAAAAUUGUGUUCAGCGACAAAGCUCAUUUCUGGUUGAAUGGAUACGUCAACAAGUGAAAUUGCUGCGUCUGGAGUGGAUACCAGCCAGAAGCAUUGCAAGAGCUAUCAAUGCAUCCCGAAACAGUUAUGAACUUCGCCGCUGAACACAAUUUUCUGAUUAAAAAGUGGAUCUUCUUCCAACUUUGCCAGUGCCCAUUCAUGAUUAAAUCAUAGGCCGAACGACGAUUCAUGAUUAAAUAGUGGACUAAACUGAACAAGUUUGACAAUGACACAAGACACGAUUAACGCGUGAUCUGUCGAAAGCAGUGUUGCCAAACAGAUACUAGCAAAAAAUCACCCUUUAUUUUAUUACUUGCACUACUGAUCGUACGUGAGAAUCAACAGUCAUUCAAAUUACGUCCUCGUCGAAUGUUUUCAACAGCUUGUGCGAUAAGCACUCACGUUUCGAAUUGGAUCUUGUACAUGCUGAUUCAUAUUUAAAACAAUAUAUUUAACUCUAUCGAGUCUUUUAGUCUUUGGACCAUUUGGAGAAUGUUUUUUACUUUUAGCUAGAAUUUGACAGUCGUUGUCAAAAAUAACCCUGCUCGAAAGCAUAGUUGUUCUUGACACUGCGAUUGUUAUUUUCCGACACUGAAAUAAAAAAUCAAAUUUCAGAUCCUUUAGUAAAAAUUUCUUCUGUGCAAACUCUUUCUACACUUUCAGUCAAAGAGAAAGAUCCCUGUAAAAAGUUCCAAUACAUUGUUGAACGACGUACGUUUUUCUCGAUGUUAUUUUUUGAGAAUUUUGCUACCUUUUCUGCUGUCAACCUGGAAACAUGUGUCAGUAGUUGAAAUGCGAAAUGUAUUUCAUUUUCGCUUGAAAAACCAGAAACUCACCCCGGAUAGUUUCAUUAAACAAACGAUUUUCACGAAACUGAGUUUGGUUCGCUUCGAACAUACUCUGCUAAAUCGUUAAUGUUGGAGAAGCCUGGGACUAACACAGGGUAGUUUCAUCAAACCAAACAAUUUACAAGAAACUGAGUUAAAUUUACACUUAGCUUAGGUAUAAGAGUCCGCUUGGAAACUGACACGAACUUCAGUUCAAUGGCAUUGAAACUGUCAUCAAACCAGAGCUACCAGGUAAAAAUUUCAAAUAUUUUUAGAUAGGGUUGUAAAAGUCCGUAAAUACGAAAAGAUGUCUGCGGGAUUCAUUUCUCUAUAAAGCAUUGAACACAAAAACUGGUUUGGCGAGCAAAAAAAAAAACAAAAAAGGCCAUUUCAAAAGUCUAUAAAUUUUGACGAAAGUCGGCGCAAAACGCGAUUUUUAAAAGUUUGCAACAAAAAAUGUCUGCAGCACUAUAUAAGGAAUCUGUAGAUUACAGACAAAUCUGCAGACCUGGCAUCUCUGCUUCAAACAAACGGUUUCAUCAAAGAUAAACUCAAGAUGGAAUACUCUAUGAUUUUUCAUAUACCAUUCAAAUAGGACCCCUCGAUGAAAUCGGUUCACCGUCUGUUGCAGUACAAUUCUUAUUUAAAACAAAACAACAAGCGUCGAAUCGCUACAUGCGUCGUAGCUAUGACAUUUUUUGUUUAUGUAGAAUUAAUUUUAAAUUGCAAUAUGAUAGAAAUCGUAGUAUUUUGCUGCAUAUCGAGUGGUUUUGAAACAGGAAAACAAAAAUCAAUAAGAAUUAUUGCUAAGAAUCUGUUCAAUUUGCAAUAUUCUUAUCUUACGAUGCAUAAAAGUGAAUGGAUGUUACAACAUAUUUUGUGCGGUAUGUUUACUUCUUUCCAAACUUGUAUUGUUGCUAUGGAAUUUUACCGUCAUUUUCAAAUGCUUAUCGACGCUUAUUUACGAAGGGUCAACAAAAUUACACUAUUACUAGGUUCACUGGUUCACGAUUACUGGUCCGAUAUUUUUCGAUGGAUUGUAUGGGACAUUGUAAUCUUGAGUUUAUCUUUGGUUUCAUAUCAGUUAGUGUGACAACUAGAUUGGGUAUUCCAUCAAGCGCAGCCGACAUGAGCAAAAAGGUCGAGUUAGCCUGUAAGGGCAUGUUCAGGAGUGUUCUAGUUCUAGAUGCAUAAUUUAUGUCAGUUUUAAAAUUUAAAUCUAGAAUUUAUAACAAAAUAAACUGGCAGCCCCAGCAGCGUUUUAUCUGUGUUUCAAAUAUAGAAAAAAAUAGAACUGCAGCGUAUACCAAUUUUAAAUUUGACAGUAGAACUGUUCGAAUUAAUAAAACUAAAACGGCUUGCUGGGGAUACGUUUGUUUCAGUUUUAGUUAUAUUAUAGACCACUCAUAUGAAUCUUGCAGCUGCUGAAUUUGCUCUAAAUCGCUUAAGAGCAAAUUCAGUAGAUGCAAGAUUCAUAUGGGUGGUCUAUAAUAUAACUAAAACUGAAACAAACGUAUCCCCAGCAAGCCGUUUUAGUUUUAUUAAUUCGAACAGUUCUACUGUCAAAUUUAAAAUUGGUAUACGCUGCAGUUCUAUUUUUUUCUAUAUUUGAAACACAGAUAAAACGCUGCUGGGGCUGCCAGUUUAUUUUGUUAUAAUUUCUAGAUAUAAAUUUUAAAACUGACAUAAAUUAUGCAUCUAGACCUAGAACACUCCUGAAUAUGCCCUAAAUAGAAAAUGAGUUUCAAAUUUUAAAACUGUUAUAAAUAAUUCAUCCAAAAACAAGACCAAUUUUCACAAAACUGAGUUGGGUUGGCACUUACCAGAUUUGAAACUGACUCGAAGUUAAGUUCGAUGGUUUUGAAACUAGGUUCGAAACUGGCUACAAACAAACGAUUUGACAGUAGUAAGUAUUUGGUUUGGUUCCAAGCGACGCCGACAGUAGCAAAAAUAUCCAACAAACCAACUCUGAACCGCUUGCUUUGUCUAAAAAGGAGCUAAUUCUAAUCAUGGUAUCGCAUAAAAAACUUAAAUAAAUCGAAAAAAAAGUUACAUACAACAUCUUUUUAAAUCGCAUAAACGUCAUAAAUGUCACAAAAGGGUUGUGAUUUAACGGGAACACACAAAGACACGAAUCAUGUGAUCUCAAUUUGUGUAUCAUCACUAACGAAAUGGUUGCUUGUCUGGAAGCUUCUUCCCUCGAAAGUUUGCCUCCGUAAAGUUUCGUUCGGCGAUUGACUGUCUGAUGAGUUAUUUGAGGCAAAUAUAAAAUCCGAUCAACGCAAUUUCCAACCACAUCCAGUUGCUUUUUUUUCAGUGCUGUGUGUGUCCGACCGUGCAAACGAUCGCAUUUUUGCUUGCAAAAUCUCAAACGCGAAAAUUUAUGGUCCUUCUAGAGCUGCCCUAGAAACAGAUUGUCUGAAAAUGAUCCUCGGUAUAAAUUUUUUCUGUCUCUUUCGUCUGUCUUUGAGACUUGCCGCAACCGAAAUCCGUCCAUCCUUCUUCAUUGAUUGAACGCAGGCGCCUUCAGGGCCCGGAUUUCGUGGGAACCGCCUGCCAUUUUCGGUAGGCGAAGGAAGCUCAAAGAUGAAUAAUUGCGGCCGAGUUAUCCGAAGCGUUCGGGAAUUUUUACCCGUGAAAUCGGUUGAAGGAAUUUUUGUGAUUUACAAUCCGCCAGCGUCUACGGAAAGAAUAUCUUAAGAUUUGAUACAUUCAAGUAAAAAGAUUAAAAAAAACGAAAAAAAAAACAAAAUAAAACAUUCGGAGCCCUCUUUGAGAUAAUCUCGUGUAUUUUGUACAUAAAAGUAGCUUGUAGAUAACCAAAAUUAACAUAUUAUCGAUAGUAUUUGUUUGGGUCGCGAUCAAUGAACGAAGUUCAGCCAGAAACAGCAUCUUCGGUGAAACAGGAAAAUAUUUGUCAUUCAGUAGAAUACGGCAAGAGAUAUAGCUUCUCUCAAACAACAUUUGUCAACGAACAAAAUGGGCCUGAAUGAGUGAUAGCAACACUACUUUUCUAUUGUUUGCUUUAAGUUUCGUCUUCGACUAAUUAUUGUGAAGCAGCUCUAUAUGAAUCGCUAGUAACAACCUAGAGCCUCUGGUAUGCUUUUUUAAGCACUGAAACCUAGCGUCUUCGUUGAAAAACGGAGUAGGCUAGCUAUCCGUCCUUCGAUUUUCGUGUUUAAGGUUUGGUAACACAACACAGGAAGUUUGUGCAAAAUGUGCUUAAUUUUGUGUUUAAUUUAUUUUCAUCUUUGACUUAUCCGUGCAAACCAGUUAGAAUUCGGCUUGGUCUGUCCACAGAUUUUAGUUACUAAUUUUAUUCUAAAGUUGGUUAAAAGUUAUCCAGAUUCGGGUAAAAUUAGGCACUAAUUUGCAUUAAUUGUACAUAAUUGUCUUUACGUCUCGGUAGUUGAACUGAUUUGCACUGAUGAGUCUAAGGCAAAAUAGAAAAAAAUACAAGCAAACUGGUGCCAAACUUCACCUAAAUUCGGUUAUUUAAACCUUCCAAACUACUUCUCUAAGAGUUUCUGAGCUGCAGCCAAUUGCUACUGAUUAAUUCCAUUGCUGUUGCCGUGACAGGAGCCUACGCUCGAUGGCACAUGCUGAUUGUGCUUCUUCUGUUUCACCGCAAACCGAUCCCCAAUAGUUACCUAUAAAGUCCGUCCAUUGCAACAAGCAGCCUACAGAUCGACAGAGAGGAUGAUAAUAAUUUAUACCAAAAAACAAAAAAAAAAACGAGCCACACGGACCUUGCGAACUGAAUUUAAAAAAAUUACCCUUGAUGGGCCACAAUUGACUGGUUGGUUUCCGUUCCGGUCAACGAGGUGCUUUGGUUUUGUAUCAUCUGACACAUAUCUCGCUCGAUGUGCGAUUGUUCCCAAACUGACCAAGCCGCACAGUGGGACAGAAGGUGGUCUAAAUUCAAAAUGAAAGAUUCCCAUGCAAGAAAAACAAAGAAUAUUUCCUAUUGCAUUUUUGAAUUUGACAGUCUAAUCUUCUAUGUCAUUCAGAACACAUAUGUCAAAAUUUGCUUGACCAAAAUUUUCUUCAUCAAAGUCACCGCAGAUUUCCGAACCGGUCCACUGUUUGACGGUAGCAACGUGUAUCGCGAAAAACUUCAAGCUGUCGGUACGAUUAAUUAGUAUCGCAAAAUGAAUGUAAACUUAGUUUGUACCAACCAAAUUUGUUCUCAAAAGCGGCAGCUGCCAAAUAGGAUGGCCGGUUCAGGCGACAGGAAGUUCAUGUUCUUCAUACCCUUCAAACACCCUGCGGCCUGAAGUUCCCGUCGUCUUUGAGCAGUGCAGGAGGAAAAAUUGCAUCUCUUCGGGGAACGUUGCCUCCAGUUCCCGCGGCUCACCUGUACGAAAAAAAUACCGAGCCAACAUGUGCAAGAUGUACACCUUUUGUCUUUCAAGCAAGAGUGCUUCUCUGUUACUGCUGUUGCUGCUGCUGCCACGUUUUUCAUUGGUAGCGUCAUCGCAGCGGUGGUAGGAUCUGGUAGGACUUUAUUCUGGUUUUUGCGGUUUGCCGGUUGCCCUCUUCCUGAUGAUGACUGUGUUUCACAUCAAGGUGCUGUUUCUGGACGAUUUUAUUUUGUGUGUGUGUGUUUCUGCCAAACUUGCGGUGAGUAAAAGGAAAAAAAGGAAUUAACCUAACUGUUGUUUCGUGUUUUCUUUCGGUGCGAUUUUUCUACCCCAAAAAUUGUUCUUCGCCACCGAACCGAGCAAAACCGAGUUUGGCAUGAAACAUACAUUCGGAAGGAUAAUCGGUUUGAUGAUGUUGCAGGAAAUAAUCGAAAUAUAAUAACAAACUAACACGCUCAUGUGCCCGUUCAUUAGCGACUUAAUUUAAUUAAAAUAAAGUAACACUGAAAUUAAUACCGAAUUAACCAUCCGCAAGGCAGCUGCAUGUCGAAUGUAAUUAAAAAAGCUUCAGUAAACGUAAUCCAUUAACAGACACUCGUUAGCCAGACUGAUUUGUCACUUUUGCAGCGAGCUGCCACCCAGAUCGGAUCCAUUUGUGGUUGCAUUUGAAGAAAGGCAACAACGAGAAAAUGAGAAAACACAAAAGUGGAAA